AUGUCAACACCCACUACCACCAACAACCCAACCGGAGCCCAAGGCGAAAAAGCCGCAGAAGAAAUCAAAGGUGGAAUCAAAGGUUUAAAUAACCUCUCCGAAGACAUUCGCCAAAAUAUAAAUUCCUUCGCAGAUGACCUUCUAGGCGGCCAUCAUAACAGCAAUAGCAGCAAUAGUCAUCCAUCAACGGGAUUCUCAAACGAUGCAAAAGCUGCUGGGAAGGAGGUGGAGAGGAAAGUUGGAGGAGGUGGUGGACUUGCUACGGGACAGCCAGUGAAUGAUACUACAACUACUACUACUACGGGUACUACUGGUAAAACACUGUAG